AUGCCGGAGGUCGUUCGAGGCAGUCGUGCCAGCGUGCAGAUAGAGCGCAAUGCGUCGCAUGAUGGAGCAACUCCCUCGACUCCCAUCCGAGAACCACGCGGCGUCCAUUUUGGCCCAGAAAGCCCUGGACUCGAACGAGAAGAAACCCCGACCCAGGGCCUCAGAUCCUUCGACACCGGACUCAGCACCUUGUCUGCCACCGAGCGAAGAAAGAGCAGGGAACAAGCCAGAAAAGAGCGGAAAAUGGAGCCCGAAAGAGACGCAUACUAUGACAGCCGUGCGGCGACCAAGAGAGAAUUCCGAAGACGGGCGAGCACGUUGCAAGAGUACUAUUCUCAGAAUCCCACACUUCUGCCACAACUGCCCUUCACGUGGAGACACGGAUGGCGUAGAUGGAAAUUGUUCUUGACCAUUUUCACCAUCAUUGUGGACGCCUGUAUCAUUCCUAUUGUGUUAUAUUAUGCCAUGAAAUUCGCAGGACACGUUGAAGGUUGGAAAAUUUUCGCCGUCGUCGCAACUAUCUGGGGCGGGCCUACCUACGUCGAGUUCGCCGUAAGAAGCUGGCGUCUGUUCAAGGCUGAGAACUUCUUCCGGCCUCUCGGCACCUCCAACCGAUGGGCCUUCGACAUCACUCACUGGAUCUCUGUCCUGACCAUCACGGCCGUCACGGCGCUGCUCGUUGUCGGCAGCGCCCCUCACAUCGUGUGGCUACGAGUUCUUUCUAUGCCUGCGCCAGCACUCCUAUACUGCAUCGCAGGCAGUGUGUUCUUACUUACCAUGUGGAGUCUUGCCGGCAGAAAGGCUCCUUUCCGGAUCAGCUCUACCGAGAAGGGCGGUGUGGUUUACCCUGGAGCGUACUACUUGAUGGAGGAUGUCGUCGCUGUUAAUGCCAACGCCGGCAGACCUUUCCGUGAAGCCUUGGCUGCACGGUAUAGAGCAAGCCCACGAUUCCGGAGGAUGAUAAUGGUUCAGUCUCUAUUCUGGUCCAUUCCGGGACUUCUGAUUGCCAUUGCCUGCACGGUGGUUGUAUGCAUUCAUCCCGUACCUAAGGAUGUGGCUUACGGUAUUGGCUGGGGUGUUCCUUUCGUCUGGGUCGGCAUCUGGACCGCCAUCACGAUUCCCUGGGUUCGACGAGACAUGCACAAAGAAACUGUGACAUGGGAGGAAGACUGUGGCAUCGAGCCUGGCGAAAAGCAAACCGAUGAAAAGAAACUGGAACCGACCGACUCCGACCGCGAGACAGCCAAAGAGCCGGCGCCAGAUCCGGAGCCGUGA